CGCAAUUCGUAUCUUUCGAGUUAUCAAAUUAGUAUUUCGUCGCUGUUUCAACCUGUUGAUCUUUUCUGGUGCAAGACAAAAUAUAUAAAUAGACCCAAUUUAGUUUUCUACUGUAAACGGAGAUGAACUUAAACAAUGUAUUACUUGGAAAUAAACAAUUAAAUAUCAGUGCUUCGUAAGUGUUUUUGUGUACCUUCUCUUAGUUAUCAUUUUUGUAUUCAUGUACAAGACUAAAAGAUAGCAAGUUUCAUAUUGUGUUAAGUGGUUUCAAAUUGACUUGACGUCACAGAGUACGACCAAUCGCUUGGCGCUGAAGAUUGUGUACAAAGUUGUGUUUAUAAUUAAUUUACAAACGCUUAGUGCUGGACAUCAUCACCUGAAUGGGUACCACGUGAACACCUGAUUGAAUUAUGCUUUUAAAAUGUACUGCGGACGGGCGGAGGAUCAAAGUCAAUGGUGCGCCGGUCAAUCAGGCGAAUCUGGCGAGAGGCAUGAAAAUGACUAUGUCCACGACACCGACCAUGAGCGCGCGCGUGCACAGGAAGGUGAUGCGCGCGCCGCAUAAGCGCGCGCACCCGGGUAAAAUGGUUCACGCCGGCAAGAUGUUCCCCGGCAAGAACAUGCACCCCGGCAAGGGCGUGCACCCGGGCAAAUUCGCGCACCUCGGCAAAUUCGGCAAACUCGCCCACUAUGCACACAGUCAUGCGUUACGGCCGCCGGAGCCUUGCGAGAACAGUAACGACAGCGGCCUGGGGUCCGACCCCGUCAGCAGAUUGGCCGAGGUCGCCGAGGAGUGGGAACAGCCGGAUUCGAAAAGGCGCCGCGAGAGCGAGACAGAGAGCGUUAAGAUAGAGUGCGACGAUGCGAACGACGCGUACACGUUCGCUCUACCCGCUGCUCCUGCUCUUGCGCCCGCACCUGAAGCCGUGCCCGCCGAUCUACCUAUUCCCGUAAUAAGAGCGGGCUGCAGCAUAUCUAGUCCGAGCAUAAGCGAGACCCCCGCCAAGCGCUUCCAGGACCCCGGGUACCGGUCGUGCGGCAAGCUCGGCAGCAGCGGGAAACUCGCCUCCACCAAGUACCCGGGGGGCGGGAAAGUCGGAGGCAAGCUGAGCGGCAAGUUCGCCGGCAAGUUGGGCGGCAAGUACGGGGGCAAGCUGGCCCAGGCGCUGGCCAGGCGAAGAGCGCUAGCCGCCAUGACGCAGGGGCCGCCGGGGCUGGCGGCGCCGCUGUCCAGCCGCUCGCGGGACGGCACCGUGGAGCUGCAGAUAUUGUGCCAGCCGGAGACGCAGCACAGAGCGAGAUAUCAGACUGAGGGCAGCCGCGGGGCUGUGAAGGACAACUCAGGGAACGGCUUCCCUAUCGUCAAGUUGGUCGGCUACGACAGGCCGGCGGUCCUCCAAGUAUUCAUCGGCACGGACACGGGGCGCGUGGCGCCGCACAUGUUCUACCAGGCGUGCCGCGUCUCCGGCAAGAACUCCACGCCCUGCAAGGAGAAGAAGGAGGACGGCACCGUCGUCAUCGAGAUAGACCUCGAGCCCGCCAAGAACUGGAUCGUCACGUGUGACUGCGUUGGAAUACUCAAGGAAAGGAACGUAGAUGUAGAACACCGGUUCGGCGAGGCUUUCGGCGGCGGGGCGGGGGGCGGGGCGCAGGCGGCGCGCGGCAAGAAGAAGUCCACGCGCUGCCGCAUGGUGUUCCGCACCGAGAUCGUCGACGCCGCCGGCCGCACAGAGACGCUGCAGGUCUGCUCGACGCAAAUCAUAUGCACGCAACCGCCGGGCGUGCCGGAGGUGAGCCGCAAGUCGCUGGUGUCGUGCCCGUCCAGCGGCGGGCUGGAGCUCUACCUGCUGGGCAAGAACUUCCUCAAAGAGACGCGCGUGGUGUUCCGCGCGCACGCUGACGGCCACACCUGGGAGGAGGAAGUCGUGCCCGACAAGGACUUUUUGCAACAGACGCAUCUAGUGUGCUGCGUGCCGGCGUGCCCGCUGGAGCGCGGCGCGGCGGUGGCGGCGCAGGUGUUCGUGCGGUCGGGCGGCAAGUGCUCGGAGCCGCACGCCUUCUACUACACGCCGCCGGCGCACGACACCGGCCCCAUGCACGCCACGCGUCACCACUCGCAAGGUGAGGAGUGCCGCUGGGGCGCAGGGCUGAUGCAGCCGCCCGCGCCGCCCGCCGCCCCGCCCCGCCGGGCCUCGCUGCUGCCCGACCCGCACGAGCCGCUCGGCCUCAAGAGCGAGGUGGACGACUCGAGCCAGCACUCGCUGCUGGACGGGUCGGACGGGUGCGGGGGGGACGGCGACGACACUCGCGGCCCCGACGUCAUGGACCUGCGCCUCAAGUCGGAGACCACCCACGACGCCCAGUCGCAGCAGGUGGGCUUCGGCGGCGGAUACGACUCGAUGAAGCUCUCCCCGUCGACCUCCUCGCCCAGCGCGCAGUCGUUCGCGCAGACCCUGCAGGCCAUGCACAACCAGGUCCAGACCGACAAGAUGGUGGAGUCCGUCACCGCCGCCAUCUUCAACUCCGAUAACGCCGGCCAGAUGUACGAGGACCAGCCCAUCAUGGCGUCGAUGGGGGCGAUGGAUCCGAUGCGACGACUGAUGUCCACCAAGUCCUCGAUGGAGCGGCUCGAGACCGACAUGAAGGCGAUGAACUCGGAGCUGAUGCUGACGGAGCCGACGGCGAGCGGCGCUCUGCCCGCCGACCGCCGGCUUAUGGCGUUCGGCCAGCCCGACCGCGCCGAGAGCUUCAACCCCUUCGGCGCCAUGACCAAGAUGGACGCCUCGCAGAUCGAGGAGCGGCUGGCGCGCCAGACCGCGCACAUGGACGCACUGGUGGAGGACGCCAUGAACGCCAUGAAGGCGACGGCCGCCAUCAUGCCCACCGCCGACGACAAGCUGGACGAGCUGGUGAACUCGCGCGUGGAGGACCACCUAUCCUCGUCCACGUCGCCGGCCGCCUCGCACGCGUCCGACGUGCUGCUGAGCCCCGCCGCCGUCGGCCGCACGCCGCCCGCGCCCGACCUGCUGCCGCUGCCCGCCGCCAUCUCGCCCGACGUCAUCCUCGACCCACAGGUGUCGCCCGGCAUGCUGUGCGACCGCCUGCCGCCGGGCUCGGCGCAGGGCGACCUCAUGAUGAUGUCGGACAUCCCCACGUCGGUGAAGACGCCGCCCGCCGCCGUCAAGUCGAUGAUCCUGAGCGCCGCCGCCGAGAUCCUGACGUCCGACAGCACGAUGAACGCGCUCGUGACGUCGGCCAUCAACACCGCCAACAUCCUGAGCACGGAGGGCGCGACGCAGGGCGUGCCGGACGCGCAGCCGCCCGCCGAGCCCGCGGCCGAGGCGCCGCUGGCGGCCAUGUCGCACGCUGUGUCGCAGGCCGUGACGCAGGCCGUGUCGCAGGCCGUGUCGCACGCCGUGUCGCAGGCCGUGUCGCAGGAGAUGGCGGCGCCGGUGCAGGGCCUCACGGACAUGAGCGACCAGGACCUGCUCUCCUACAUCAACCCCAGCACCUUCGACCAGGUGUGAGCGCGCCGGCCAGCUCUGCGGGACCCGCGUCGAAUGCAUUUCUUAGUGGAGUACGGGCUCAAAAGCAGUUUCUAUGUGAAUUUUUAAUAGAUGUCGCUAAUGUUAAGCUAGCAUUAGGACCGGUCGCGGCUACGAGACGGUGCGGGAUCGCGGUGCGAGCGCCGACGCACCGUCUCGGCGGCGCGCGCCGGCCAAUGGUCGAUGUAAUCUCCGUGCGCUUGACGAACUGUGUAACCGAACGAUCGAGUCAAUUAAUUAUGAGUCAGUAUUACAGGGCCUUCGAAUGUUCGAACGUUCGCACGGACGCGUAAGAAUUGUUCCGAGUUUUGCGUAGGCUGUGGACCGUGAGUGGAUCGGGAGCGAGUGCGGAACGUUCGCUUUACUGAUUGUAUUGUACAUAUUGAGUAGCUCUGUUUUAUGUUUACGAUUAUUUGUAGGACGCAAUUUUGACUAUUUUGUAUCAAUUUGUGUCGGGACGUUCGGCUCGAACGUUCGUGGUGGUUUUGACGGUGAGCUAAAAGAAAUUCCUCGGCUAUUCUUACUUUAUUUUUUUUACUCUCUUGAGAAUGUUUGUCGCCAUCUUGCGACCGCGUACCGAAUUACCCUGCUAUGCUUCUUGUCAGUGCGACUGUCGAAACCGUCAUAGGAGAGACCGGACGGCGCGGGCGCGCCGCGAGUCGAGCCGACCGCCCCUCGCCUAUAUAUUUAAGGAUUUAUUUAUUAAAGCAUCUGUAGUAUUACGAGUAAACGCAACUAAGUUUUUUCGACUUAAGUUAAAUUGUGUUCCAAAUGUUAGAACAUUAGGCCAUAUAAUUAUCUUGUAUUUCGAGACGUAGUUUAAGUCGUGUUAAGGGCGCCUACGAUUUAGCGUAGUUUAUGUGGCUUAGCGUGCCGGCCGCCGGCGGAGGGCGCCGUCGCCUCGCCUCGCCCGCCGCCGGCGGCCGCCGUAGUAUAACGGAUGUCGUUUUAACGUAAGGAAAACAGUACUGAUGUUAUUAGAGCAAAGAUUAUAUACACGUAGCUAUUAUGUAUACAAAUGUUCAUUUUUAUAGGAAAUGUGGAGAGCUAAAUAUUAUGCACAUGUGCCAUUUAUCGUGGACGGCCCGCUCCGGAGCGACCGCCGCCGGCUCACUCGUGGGGGGCGUUUGUACUGUAACGACAAUCGACCUGCCCACUUCUUGUCAAGUGAGAGGCGGGGCUCGUUCACGUCGGGGGGCGAACGCACUCGCCGACACGGCGCUCGGCGCGUCGUAGUAACUGCGUCGAUUAUUAUCGCAGCUCGCCGAGGUGCCGCCUUAAGGCUUGUGCACAAAUACAAUAAUCUUAAUAGUAAUCAUCGAUUGUACAUGAAAAAUGACAGU